GAAGGGAUAUUCGUUCGUGGGACUUUUCUUGAAGGGGCGGGUUGGGACAGAAAGCUGAUGAUCUUGACCGAGCCACAACCUAUGCAACUAGUGUGUACCAUGCCUGUAAUACAUUUCAAGCCGGUGGAAAACUUGAAGAAGAAAACUAGAGGUAUUUAUGUUAGUCCUUGCUACUAUUAUCCAAUACGAUCAGGCUCUGGAAGUAGACCUUCAUAUGUUGUGGCCGUGGAUUUGAAGUGUGGAAAUGAAAAACCAGAUCAUUGGAUAAAACGUGGAACGGCUUUACUUUUAAGUUUAGCAAACUGA